AUGUUGGAGGUCGGGUGGGGAGUGGGGAGAGGGGAGGAUUUGCAGGUGGCGGGGCAGAGCGUGGGGUGCUCGAGCGUGGCGGCGGGCGUCGCGGGCAGCCCCGCGCUGUCGCUGCUGAACGAGGUGUUUCAGACCGCCGAGUUCACGGGCGCCCUGUCCGACGUCAAUUUGGAGGCCACCGUUUUCCUUCCCACCAACGCCGCAUUUUCGUCGCUCAUCGCUGGCCUGAGAACGACGAAGGAGGAGCUCCUGAAGCAGAAGGCGCUUCUCACGCGGGUGCUCCAACUCCACGUCGUUCCUGGGCGGGCCCUUGCGGUGCCGGACCUCCUGUCGUCGGAGUCGCCGCUCGUGACUCUGGCGGCCGAAACGCUGACCGUCAACGCAACGGAGGUUGCCCUGGGCGCCGCCAUCGUGCCGCCGGUGGGCCGCGCCGCCAACAUCCUGGCGGGCAACUUUCGGGCCUGCGGCGCUGUGGCUCACGUCAUCGACGCCGUGCUGCUUCCCACCACAGCAUCCACGCAGGGCUUCUUGUAG